AUGCAACAGGAGAGGGCGUUCCUGGUGGCACACCUGCUGUCAUUUAUUAACCUUGUCUAUGUAGAAAAUUUCUGCCGUGCCCAACAGUUGGCUGGAUACAGUUUCCCACGCACGCCCAUCGGCUGGUUUGCAUAUUCAGACGAACUCUGUAAAGUAGGAACGAGUGGUGCUGGUAAACCCCGAGCUUCGACCAGAUGUUCCACCAAGAAUGGACCACCAAGUUUUGAGCCCCCACAGGUCUAUCUGUGUGACCAGACGCUCGGCGACAUACAACAAAAUCUGACGAGUCCUGCUGCCUUAGAGACGUUGGCGAGCAGCACUCAGAUUCUGACGUCCAAACCUGAAGAGUUGACGGCUGAAAACAUCACAACAGCAGCUCAGAUCACCAACACGCUGCUGCUGUCUCCAAACGCCACAGAGGUCGUCAGGGUGGCUGCCAUAGCAACAGUCAGCCAGCUGCUGAACGCCAGCGUGCCAGACAACAGCGAGGAAAACAGCGCUACACUGGAACUCACAAAGACCCUGGACCAGCUCUCUGUGGACCUGAGCCUCAGUUCCAACAUGUCUCAGUCUCAGGUGGUCCAACCCAACCUGGUGGUCCAGUCGGCACAAAUCGCUGCUGCAGACACUCUGGGAGUCCAGUUCACCUCGCUCUCAGGGACAUCUGGCAGUUUCGUCGCCGACAGAAUUGUGCUGAACACCAACACAUCGACAAUUGUGGGGGAAAACGGGAUUUCUGACGCUCUGAUAUACGUUCGAUUCCCACCAGCAGCCGUUGAUGUUCAUCAGCAGCCAGAAAACGUCUCGCUGGGUUUCGUCCUCUACCAGAACGACCGUUUCUUCAGGUCGAGGCGCUACAGUCGGAGGCGGGUCACUGUCAGGGUCCUGUCUGCCACCUUCAGAGGUCAGGAGCGCCGCACGGUGCCACAACAUGUGGAGAUGCAAUUCAGACCAACGGUUUUGGAGGGGACAGCUCUGUUCCACUUUGCUUGUGUUUUCUGGGACUACAGUCUACAGGACUGGAGCACCGCCGGCUGCUCCAAAGGAGACGCUUCAGACGGACUCCUCAGAUGUUUCUGCAACCACACCACCAACUUCGCUGCUCUCUGGUCUUUCAGAGAGAACUAUGAGUAUGCAGAAGCCCUGGAUGUGAUUUCUAUUGUUGGACUUUCUUUUUCUGUUCUGGGUUUGGUUGUUACGAUAAUCCACCACCUUAAAGACAACUUUCAGAGAAAGUCCCGUGAUCGUGAGACUAAUAAGAACUCGAAGCUCGCUCUGCUGAGCAUCUGCGUCAGCCUGCUGGCCUUCAUCCUCACCUUCCUCUCUGGAGCUGUCAACUCCAGCCGACAGUACGACAGUCCGGUGGAGGUAUACAAACAGACCAACACGGUCCUGGACUCUGACGAACACGUGGAGCCAGACGGAGGCUCGUGUACGGCGGUGGCGGCUCUGCUUCACUUCUUCCUGUUAGCCACGUUCUUGUGGAACUUCCUGUAUGGCAUGCAGCUGGUACUGCUGUUCCGGACGAUGCGUCAAAAUUUGCCUCCACACUGGACUUCCAUUAGUGUCACUGUGGGAUGGGGAGUCCCAGCCAUCGCCAUGGCAUCCACACUGGGCAUCUCCUACAGAGUGGACGACCCGCUCGGAUACAGACAGGAGGAAUUUUGCUGGCUCGCAGCUCUGGAUAAGAACAAACAGUUUGACUUUGGGAAGCCGAUGUUUUGGGGUUUCCUCCUUCCACUCGCUCUGAUUCUGAUCUCCAACGUGGUUCUCUUGGUUCUGACAUCCCUGACUAUUUGCAGAACCGACCCCACCCUCAACAGCACCAGACCUUCCUCUUUGUGGAAGAAGUUUUUCAUCAGUUUUUCUCUGGCCAUGUUACUGGGUCUGUCCUGGACUAUGGGCUACCUGGUGCUCGUCACUAAAGGCCCCGCCCACCUGGUCUUCAGCAUCCUUUUCUGCGUCUGUACAACCACACAGGGUUUUCAGAUAUUUGUCCUCUUCACAGCCAGGACGGCGUCCUUCAGAGCCUCUGUUUCCACAUCCGUUGAGUAUGUCUCAUCCGUCAACAUUCCACUCAGAAACAGAGUAUACAAGUUGCAGAGGAGCUGGGAGACGUACAGCUCCGAGUUUUACAGAGACCUUUAAAGACGCACUGGAACCAAACGUCAGACCAAACCAAACUGUAUGGAAGAAAAAGAAAAAAGGAAAAGGAUUUAUUUUUAAGGAUUAAAAUGGUUUAUGUUGUUUGACCAGAAGGUGGCAGCACAAAACAAUAAACAGCAGUUUUUUAUUCAAUGAAUAACAUUAACCUUAUCAUACAUCAUUUAUAUUUCUAUAAAGAAAUAU